AUGGCCGCUUCAACCAACGAAAACAACACAGAACCCCCCAACGCCUCCAAAAUGAACGGCCACACCUCCUCCGAAAGUCCAUCCAGCAGCGUCCUGCAAGUCGAGCGCCACGACUACACUGACCUUGCGCCCGCAACCGGAACCCGCGAACUCGCGCACUCCAUGAACGGCUUCGACCCCAUCUACACCGACAUUGUCGACUAUAUCGUGCGAUGCACGCACCGAAUCUGGGACGAGCGCGACAUCGGCCUCAUUUACACACACUACACACACAACUGCGUCCUGUACGGGACGAUGGGGACAGUAUAUGACCGCGAGAGUAUCGUGCGCGACACGAUCCAGCGACUAGUCUCGCUCCCCGAACGCCGUGGAAUGGCGACGCAGGUUCUCUGGUGUGGCGAUGACGAGAAGGGAUUCUACACGUCGCAUCUUGUGACGGGGUCUGGGCGGCAUAGCCAGGAUGGGCUAUAUGGGACUGCGACGGGGAAGACCUUUACCUCACGGACGAUUGCGGACUGUAUGAUUUACCGCAAUAAGAUCUAUCGUGAGUGGGUUGUUGCGGAUACCAUGGCCAUCCUGAAGCAACUGGGCGUUGAUCCGAAUGUGUUCGCGGAGGAGGCGGCGAGGGGACUGUUUGAGAAGGGGGUUGAAAGUGUGGAUAUUGGUGAGAAUCGCAGGAUUAUUGGACAGACUAUUCCUGAGAUGGGGAAGCCGGAUUUCUCGUCGCUUGCGAAUAAUGAGAUCGAGGCGACAACGCUCGAGUGGCUGCAUGACAUGUGGAACUGCCGCAUGUUUGGUCGUGUUGAGAAGCACUAUGCGCCAAAUGCGCAGUAUCACGGGCCUAAGAUGGUUGAGCUUUAUGGGCCUGCGGCUGUCCUGCAUCAGCAUCUUGCGCUGCUGGGGUCGAUCCCGGAUGCAAUUUGGAUGCCACAGCAUGUGUGCUCAAACCCGUGUGAGGAGGGUGGCGUCAAGGUUGCGGUGCGGUGGGUGAUGGAGGGCCACCAUUUGGGAUAUGGGGGCUUGUAUGAGCUUGGGAAGCCGACAGGGGCAAGGCUGCAGGUUAUGGGGAUUACGCAUUAUCAUGUCAAGGGCGGAAAAGUGGUGGAUGAGUGGGAUGUGUAUGACGAGCUGUCGUUGUUGACGCAGGUGAAGCUGGCGAAGUUGGUUGAGGGGAAGAAGAAGGGGAGUGCGUAG